UCCAUGUUGGUGCACACAAAGUAAACUGCACGCUUUAGUUGUGCAGCAAAAACGCUGAAACCGGAGAAAUAAAACUUGGGAGGGGAACGAUAACGACAAUAAGAGUCUCCCGAUCGUUUACUCUUGCUGUCCUGUGAACAACACCGGCGUGGUGUUAAUUGUUUGCGGUUUUCGCGAUCGCGUCGCGCAUGAGGAUAUCACCAGCAGCUCCUUUAACGCAAGACUGCCACACAUCUGUUCGACCAACGCCAGUUAAUCUAAACGCCAGUAGAUCUGGAACACCGGCUACGAGCCCCCAAAGUAUUAGCCAGAGGUCUCCUUACCACGGUUUGGAGCCGCGGACCUGGCCGAGGGUGUGAAGCCAGGACCCAUCAACUCCAUGAUCUUCACUAAGCCGGUACCAAAUAGGAUGGCCCAGACUGGAGUACGAAAACAAAGGAGGAUACUGUGGGUGUUGAAGAGGAGAAGGCCCCACUGAAAAAGUAAGAUAAUGAUUUGUAAAUGUGUAUAUUUGCUCAAUAUGUGGAGGUUCAGGUGACUGUUGUGAUAAUUUGUCCAAGUAAAAAAUCCCAGAAAUGUCAUGUGACAACCUCUUUGGCUUCCAGAAUUGUGACAUCGCACCCAUUUAGAAUCUUACCACCACUUUGAUCCUUUGAGCCUUUGAUCCUAAAACCCAUAAAUAGGAGUGAGAAGCAACAACUUUUAGUUCGUUGUUCGCAGCAUUUAUGUUCGCAGCAUUGAAACGUUUGACAGAGAAGCCUUUCAAAACAAUUGGAUCCUUUUCAGAGUGACUUUUUACACAUUCCAACAUGUCUCUGAAAAAGCACACAAGAAAAGAAAAAGUAAAGCCCAGCUCUCCUCUUCUGGCUCAAGAAGACAAUAUUCAAGUACAGAAGAUGUGCUUGGAAGAAAUGCAUGAGGAAAAUCUCAUGAACAAGCACAACAAGCAACACCCGGCCCAGCCAGAGUACAUCUAUUACGUCUGGCAGAGUUUUUUUGAACAGCGAAAGAAGAUUAUCUUCCUCAGAGAAGAAAAUGAGAGAAAGACUGCUGAAGUAGAUAAAUUGUUCAGCCAGCUUCUUGAAAAGGAAGAUAUUCAGAAGGAGAAAGAAAUGGAACUCCUAGACAUGCGUGGAAGGAACUUUGAGCUCAAAGCAAAGCUUGAUAAAGCAAUAGAAAAACUCAAAGAAAUCCUCCAGCAGAAGAAAAAUGAGAAAGACAAGGACAAAAAGGAUCGGGAGCUGCAAUUAAAGCUUGAUGAAGCUCUGCAAAAAAAUACAGAAAUCCUCCAAGAGAAGAAACGGCAGGACAUAGAACUCCAAAACUUGGGGAUAAAAUACAAAGCAUUGCUUCAAGAGAAAAAGCAACAACCGAUCAAACAGAAAGAAAGCAAGCUUGAAGACUCGGAGGAAAACUACAGAGAGCUGAAAACAAAGCUUGAUAAAGCACUGCAAAGAAAUAACCAGAUUCUUCAAGAAAAAGAACAACUGGAAAGAAACCAGAGAGACAUGCGGUGCCAACUCCAAAGCAUGGAGGAAAAAUGCCGAGUCCUGGAAGCAAAACUUGAUAAAACUGCAGUGCACAAGCAGAAAUAUCAAGAGCUGCUUCAAGAGAAAAUACAACAGGACAUAAAGCAGAAAGAAGACAAACGUUUACUACAGGGCUUUGAGAGGGAAAACCAAAAGCUGCAAGAACUUUGCAAGAAAAUGAACUACAAAGCAGCCGAAAUGGAAGGAGAGAAGGAGAAACUGCGAAAACAGUGCUCAGCGAUGCAGAGUCAGCUCAAUGACAUGCUGACAAAAAACACCAAACUCGAGGAACUUUCAAACACCUUGAAGUGCAAAAACACUGAGGUGCAGGUGAUAAAGCAGCAACUCCAGAAAACAAAUGAAGACCUGCAGUGCAAACUUCAAGAAAUGGAGAGGAAAAGUCAACAGUUAGAAGACACUCACAACAAAUUACAAGAGCGUUAUACAGAGAUGCAGGAGGCAAAGGUAAUGCAGGAGGCAACUUCUAAUGAGUUGAAAGAAAGGCUCGAAGACAAACAAGCCGAAUUAGAAGAAGUGGAGAAAACAUGCAGGAGACUUGAGAAGGACAAUACAGAAACAAUCGAUCAGCUGAGAAACCUGAUCCUAGAGAAAAAGGUUCUCGUGGAAAAGCUCCUGGAAAAGAAGAAGAAACGCUUCCGCUUCUUCUGGAGGAAGGACACUCAUGCUUUGUCUGGUUUUUCCACUGCUGAUGUCACCUCGUCUUCCUCCACCUCUGUUCCAUCGUAAUUUUGACCUCCCCUCUCCUGCCCUCUCCCUCUCUCCUGACACCUUGACACCUCUCCCUCCCCUAGCUCCCUUGAACUCCUAACACCUGUCCCAUCUCCCUCCCCCCUCUCUCUCUUUUCACCCUCACCCCCCCAACCAGUCCCGACAGUUGACUGCCCC